AUGGAGCCGGGCGCGCGAGCGCUGCUGCAUGCUAAUCAGCCCUCCCUCCGCCUGCCUGCCGCGCUCCCUCCUUCCUCCCAGCCUCCCUCCUCCGCGCUCCCUCCUCCCGCCUCCUUUCCAGUGGGCCCGCCGCCGUCGCCACCCGCUUCCUGCUCCCUCGCUUUCCCGUGCGUCCUUCCAGCCGCUGGCAAGUGGAACCCAGCCAUCGCCACCACGUCCCUCACGGCCGGGAACCCGGCGCGCAGCUUCCCGCGGGCACCUCCGCUCGCCGGCCGCACGCGCGUCGGCGCGGAGCGCAGCCUGGCGCUGGCCGCACCCAAAGGCCGAACCCAGCGCCAGCGCCCACUCGCCUCAGAAGGCCGAGGAGCUUGCACUGUUGCGCCUACUCGCUGUCUGGUGACCUGCAAGCGCUGGGCAGAGAGUGGGAAUCGAGGCGAAUUUGGAAGGGGCGAGGGACAGGCAGGGGAGGGAAGAGAGUCGGGGCCAGAAAGGCAAGGAAGUCGCUGGACGAUCCUCCGACCCAGCCCCAGCGUGGCCGCCACCCAGAGGCUUUUCCCAGCCGGUCCAGGGGCAGCGGCGGGCCGGCAGCUUAUGGGCGAGUCAGUCCCUCAGCAAGUCUCUGGCCUUGCGACCCGCCGCAGCACCCUUCCUUCCCACCCAACAAGAACUCUACUUUUAAGAUUAAAUAAACCCAGAUUAUACGAAUAA